AUGCUCGCUGUCGAACGCGCUUCGCUCCCGAUCAUGGCCUCUGAUAGGUCUGACGAUCAAUCCGAGGUAAAAAUCGAGCACACUGGCCCUGAUGUCAUCCAGCCUCAUGCUCUCAUCGACCAUCUCCUUCCACAACAGCUCGGACGAGGAGUGCUUAUUCCUCUGAAGACGACUUUGGAAAUCCGACAAGACCACACCAUUGUCCAGGCUUUGAUCACGAGGGCUCCCUCUACGUCUACUAACAAUGUCGUCAAUUUGAUCCGCUCGAUGCUUCCUGAAGGCGUGGCUAACAACUUGCCUCACUUGCGACGAUGUGCGAAACCAGCGGAUAUUCCGGCUCACCUCAAAACACAGUUCAUGAACGACUCGCCCGAAGGCCGCCAAGUCCACACGGGUAAAUCCACCUGGAUCUACAUCAUGCUUGGUGAAGAGAAAGACUUCGAUAAGCACGACUUGAGCGCAAAGCUGGGAGCUAUUGAGGGAAUGGACGAGAACGUCUUCCUCACUAAGAUUCCAAUACCCAUGGUGCCGCCUACUUCUCAGGUACAGGCUGCCAUGUGGACCUCGCAGUUCUGGCCAACGGUGUACAGAAAGAACAACCCUCUUGGGCCGCACCCUAGCAUGGUGGGACGGUCAACGGAAACCAUCAAGGAUGAGACGUCUCUGUGGAUGACCUUGGCUCAUCGCGUCGCCUUCCAGGCCAAGAAGGCGAAUAUCGGCGAACCCAUGGGCGCCGUCAUCGUCCAGCGCGAAGGGGGAAAGUCCCAUCUGGUAGCGGUCGCCGGAGAUGCUCGUUGGCACCAGGAGCCCAACAGAAGCGGUACCGGCAACCCAAUGGGCCACUGCGUGCUCAGAGCUAUCAGCAUGGUAGCGCAGAAGCUUGUGCGACACGAGAGACGUGCAGCCGGCCGUUCCAAUGUGCCGCCUAUCCUUGAAUACGACACUUUCCAAGAUCUUCCCCUCUUGGAAGACGAGCUCACGGUCCAUGAAGACGAGCAUCCCAACGCGGACGGCUACCUGUGUCACGGCAUGGAAAUGUACUUGACCCACGAGCCUUGCGUCCAAUGCUCAAUGGCUAUCCUUCACUCACGGAUGGGCAAAGUCGUCUUCGCUCAGCGCAUGCCACUUACUGGGGGCAUGUGCUCAGAAGAUCGAGGCCACGGCCAUCCCGAGCUGGAGAACUGCGGUGGAGGCGAGGGUCUCGGCCUCUUCUGGAGACGUGAGCUGAACUGGAGCUUGCUGGCGUGGGAGUGGGAAUCGAGCGACUGCGUGGGACCUUUGCCGCCGGUUGAUCACAGAGUCCAUGCUUAG